AUCUUGACCAUUGCAUCAAAUAUGUUGCUCAUCUUCUUCCUCUUGGUUUUUCCUCUUUUCCUCUUUCUAAUUAUCCACAAACAAGGAAACUAUACCGACAAAUCCAAUCUCCUUCCACCAGGUCCUCAUGGCCUUCCCUUGAUUGGAAACUUACACCAGCUUGACAACUCCAAUCUUCACGUUUAUCUUUGGCAACUCUCUCAAAAGUAUGGUUCUCUAAUAUCCCUUCGGCUUGGUCUUCGGAAAGCCAUAGUAGUUUCUUCAGCAAAAAUGGCUAAAGAGGUUUUGAAAACCCAUGACAUCGACUUCUGUAGCAGACCUGCUUUGCUUGGCCAACAAAAGCUAUCCUACGAUGGUUUAGAUUUGGCUUUUUCGCCAUUUGAUUCUUACAACAAGGAGAUUAGGAAAAUAAGUUCCUUGCAUCUUUUUAGCCCUAACAGGGCUAAACUCUUUCGUCCCAUUCGAGAAGAUGAAGUUUCUCAGAUGAUUGACAAGGUAUCAAAAUCAUGUGAUGCUUCCAAACCCAUCAAUCUGAGUGAAGUCAUGGUGUAUCUUACAAGUUCCAUCAUCUGUAGAGUUGGUUUCGGAAAAAGAUGUGUAGACAAAGGAAGUGAAAUCAGUAAGUUCAACAGAAUACUUAGCGAAACUCAGGUGAUGUUAUCAAAAUUCUUUGUCUGUGACUACUUUCCUUCAAUGAGGUGGGUUGAUAGACUCACCGGAGGUUUGUCUCGCCUUGAAAAUGUUGUCAAAGAAUUAGACGCUUUCUAUCAACAACUCAUCGAUGAUCAUCUUGAUCCAAAGAGACAGAAACCAGAACAAGAAGACAUAAUUGAUGUUUUCCUCAAAAUUAUGAAGGAUCCUCAGUCUACUUCGCAUAUCUCUUUUGAUCACAUCAAAGCCAUGCUCAUGAAUGUAUUUGUUGCUGGAACAGACACCAGUGCUGCUACGGUGGUUUGGGCUAUGACCUUCCUAAUGAAAUAUCCAGCCACAAUGAAGAAAGCUCAAGAGGAAGUAAGGAAUUUCGAUGGGAAAAAAAGAUUUUUAAACGAAGAUGAAAUUCAAGACCUACCAUAUCUAAAAGCCGUAGUUAAAGAGACAUUAAGGCUACAAAGCGUAGUUCCACUACUACUUCCACGAGAAACCCUUCGAGACUGCAACAUAGGUGGGUACAAAAUUCCAGCCAAGAGCCUAGUAUAUGUAAAUGCGUGGGCAAUAGGAAGGGACACUGAAGCUUGGGGACAAAACCCAGAAGACUUUUGUCCUGAGAGAUUUAUGGAUAGUUCCAUUGACUAUAAAGGACAAGAUUUUGGGUUGAUACCAUUUGGUUCUGGUAGGAGGAUUUGUCCUGGAAUGCAUAUGGGAGCUGCAACCGUGGAGCUGGCACUUGCAAAUCUUCUCUACAGAUUUGAUUGGAAAAUGCCUCCUGGAAUGAAGGAGGAAGACCUGGACUUUGAUCCAGCCCCUGGACUUGUAAUUCACAAAAGAAAUCAUCUUUUCCUUAUGGCUACAGAGUGCGGAUCAUGAACUGUUGCAAGUUGUAAUACUCCAUUUCUUCCACAAUAAAUUACUCGGAAUGUU